UUGUACCUCAGGGUCAGUCAGCUUUCCCUAAGGCACAUUGAAUUUUGGGAGACACUUGGAUAUAAAUCAAAUUAUGAUCAUUAUCAAAGAGGGAGCUUUGGAUAGACACUCAACCUGGUGCACUUGCAGGUGUAUGAAGAGUACAUGUUAUCCGAAAUUUUUACUUGAAUGAAACGCCACCUUCCUCUCUCAAGCCCAGAAACUAUAAGUUUCAGUCUAAAUUCUCAACUGGCAAUUGGCCGAAAACUCCUAUCUGAAGAAGUGAGCAUCCAAAUGUCAUUUUGUGAUUUGGCUACUGUCUACUUGACAUAGCAAGGCCCUAUCAAGAAAAACUAAUGGAGUGACUAACUAUCAAAAGAAAAUCAAUGAGAAAGAAGGAAUAACAUCAUUUGGUUUCUUCCUGUAUGCCGUCUGACCAGGGAUUGAACUGCAACCUUAUGUAUGUGCUCUGACUGGGAAUUGAACCCACAACCUUUUUGGUGCAUGGGACAGUGUUCCAACCAGCUGAGCUACCAUGACAUAUAUCAGAAACAUUUUGAAGCAUCCGUGUCUAAACCAUGGAAAAUCUUAAACUUCCACCACAAGAAGAUUAAAAAGAGGUUCCUCCUGCACCAAGAAAGAUCUGCAGAUCUUUUUCAGUGUUCUUGGAGGUGUGGGGUGUGAGAACUUGAUCAGUUUGUGUCAACCACCUUGUUCUCUAAAGCCUCUCGGCCACUGCUCAUCACAGCUCAGGCUUGGACAUCACACCAUCUUGGAGGACUUACAAGGUCCCCUUCAGGAGGAGGCUUCAGGGAGAAACUGUGGUUUGGUGCCCAGCCUUGCUGACUCCUGGACUCUUGCAUCCCCUGCCCAGACUCGCAUGCCCACCAUGGACCUGGCCUGGACCUGCGUGCCCAACACAGACCUGGCCCUGCCCUGGACUCACACCGUGGCCCCUCCCUGAACAUACUACAGCUGCAAAUACCACUGCCAACACUGUCCUAGAGCCAAAUCACGUGGCCCCACUUCCAGAGGUCAAAGGCGGGAGCUGCACUGAAGCCCAGGGAGUGGGCUGUAGCCUCCCCAGCCUUGAGCACUGCUAGAACUGAGGAUUCGAUGGAGACUGAAGAAGCUGCAGAUCUGUGGCAGCACUCUUUACAGUAGCUAAGAUCUGAAAACAGCCCAAGUGCCCAUCAGUAGGGGUCCCUGCAAUAUCAUUUUGCAUUGGAUCUCCCAAAUGAUGUAGCUGAUCCUGAAAUAGAUAAAUAACAAGAGACAAGGAUGCAAAGAUUUCUGCUGUCUCCUUGAUUCUUCAUUCCUUUUCCCAAGGAUCCCUCAGCAAAGUAAAAUUUAGUCCUCACUUGAUUAUAAAUAGCAGCUUUGUCAAUUAGACUUUUUGAUAUGUUAAAUAAGAAGCACAUGUCUAAAAGAAUGAUAAAAGCAUUGUUCAUACUUGAUAAAGCUUAACCGUUGAUGAGAGAUUGGAACAAAAACAUAACAUGAGUGGAUUAGCUUCAUUCACGCAAAGGUUAUUGAGAAACAGGAAUCAUGGAUUUCAUUCAAUUCAGUUUUAUCAGAUCUACACUGUUCCUCAAUCAAAAUCAUUUUACCUACCUCUUUGCCUACCUUCAUCAUACACUUUUCAAAGGACUUUGACUUGUUACAAAUUAUAAUACUGUGGUAGAAACAAAUUCAGAUUCAGAUGAUGAAGACAAACUCCAUAUUGUGGAAGAAGAAAGUAUUACAGAUGCAGCAGAUUGUGAAGGUGGUAUGCCAGAAGAUGACCUGCCAACAGACCAGACAGUGUUACCAGGGAGCAGCGAAAGGGAAGGGAAUGCAAAGAGCUGCUGGGAGGAUGAUGCAGGGAAGGAAGGACAAGAAAUCCUGGGGCCUGAAGCUCAGGCAGAUGAAGCAGGAUGUACAGUAAAAGAUGAUGACUGUGACUCAGAUGCAGAAAAUGAACAAAACCACGAUCCUAGUGUUGAAGAGUUCCUGCAACAACAAGACACUGCAGUCAUUUACCCUGAGGCACCAGAAGAGGACCAAAGGCAGGGCACACCAGAAGCCAGUGGUCAUGAUGAAAAUGGAACACCAGAUGCAUUUUCCCAAUUACUCACCUGCCCAUAUUGUGAUAGAGGCUAUAAACGCUUUACCUCUCUGAAAGAACACAUUAAAUAUCGCCAUGAAAAGAACGAAGAUAACUUUAGUUGCUCCCUGUGCAGUUACACCUUUGCAUACAGAACCCAACUUGAACGUCACAUGACAUCACAUAAAUCAGGAAGAGAUCAAAGACAUGUGACACAGUCUGGAGGAAAUCGUAAAUUCAAGUGCACUGAAUGUGGAAAAGCUUUCAAAUAUAAACAUCAUCUAAAAGAGCACUUAAGAAUCCACAGUGGAGAGAAGCCAUAUGAAUGCCCAAACUGCAAGAAACGUUUUUCUCAUUCUGGUUCCUAUAGCUCACACAUAAGCAGUAAGAAAUGUAUCAGCUUGAUGCCUGUGAAUGGGCGACCAAGAACAGGACUCAAGACAUCUCAGUGUUCCUCACCAUCUCUUUCAGCAUCACCAGGAAGUCCCACACGACCACAGAUACGGCAAAAGAUAGAGAAUAAACCCCUUCAAGAACAACUUUCUGUAAACCAAAUUAAAACUGAACCUGUGGAUUAUGAAUUUAAACCCAUAGUGGUUGCUUCAGGAAUCAACUGUUCAACCCCUUUACAAAAUGGGGUUUUUAGUGGUGGUGGCCCAUUACAGGCAACCAGUUCUCCUCAGGGUGUGGUGCAAGCUGUUGUUCUGCCAACAGUCGGUUUGGUGUCUCCCAUAAGUAUCAAUUUAAGUGAUAUUCAGAAUGUACUUAAAGUGGCAGUAGAUGGUAAUGUAAUAAGGCAAGUUUUGGAGAACAAUCAAGCCAAUCUUGCAUCCAAAGAACAAGAAACAAUCAGUGCUUCAUCCAUACAGCAAGGUGGCCAUUCUGUUAUUUCAGCCAUCAGUCUUCCCUUGGUUGAUCAAGAUGGAACAACCAAAAUUAUCAUCAACUACAGUCUUGAGCAGCCUAGCCAACUUCAAGUUGUUCCUCAAAAUUUAAAAAAAGAAAAUCCUGUCCCAACAAACAGUUGCAAAAGUGAAAAGUUACCAGAAGAUCUUACUGUUAAAUCUGAGAAGGACAAAAGCUUCGAAGGAGGAGUGAAUGAUAGCACUUGCCUUCUGUGUGAUGAUUGUCCAGGAGAUAUUAAUGCACUUCCAGAAUUAAAGCACUAUAACCUAAAGCAGCCUGCUCAGCCUCCUCCACUUCCUGCACUGGAAGCUGAGAAGCCUGAGUCCUCUGCUUCAUUAGGUUCUGGAGAUGGCAAUUUGUCUCCCAGUCAGCCACCAUUAAAGAACCUCUUGUCUCUUCUAAAAGCUUAUUAUGCUUUGAAUGCACAACCAAGUGCAGAAGAGCUCUCAAAAAUAGCUGAUUCAGUAAACCUACCACUGGAUGUAGUAAAAAAGUGGUUUGAAAAGAUGCAAGCUGGACAGAUUUCAGUGCAGUCUUCUGAACCAUCUUCUCCUGAAACAGGCAAAGUAAAUAUCUCUGCAAAGAAUGAUGAUCAGCCUCAAUCUUCAAAUGCAAAUGAAUCCCAGGACAGCACAGUAAAUCUACAAAGUCCUCUGAAGAUAGCUAACUCUCCAGUUUUACCAGUGGGAUCAACCAUCAAUGGUUCCAGAAGUAUUACAUCCUCCCCAUCACCUCUGAACCUUUCUUCAUCCAGAAAUACACAGGGUUACUUGUACACAGCAGAAGGUGCACAAGAAGAGCCACAAGUAGAACCUCUUGAUCUUUCACUACCAAAGCAACAGGGAGAAUUAUUGGAAAGGUCAACUAUCACUAGUGUUUACCACAACAGUGUUUAUUCUGUCCAAGAAGAACCCUUGAACUUGUCUUGUGCAAAAAAGGAGCCACAAAAGGACAGUUGUAUUACAGACUCAGAACCAGUUGUAAAUGUAAUCCCACCAAGUGCCAACCCCAUAAAUAUUGCUAUUCCUACAGUCACUGCCCAGUUACCCACAAUCGUGGCCAUUGCUGACCAGAACAGUGUUCCAUGCUUGCGAGCACUAGCUGCCAAUAAGCAGACUAUUCUGAUUCCCCAGGUGGCUUAUACAUACUCUACUACAGUCAGCCCUGCAGUCCAGGAAACACCCUUGAAAGUGAUCCAGCCAAAUGGAAAUCAGGAGCAAGACACUAGCUCAGAAGGAGUAUCAAAUGUAGAGGAUCAGAAUGACUCUGAUUCUACACCACCCAAAAAGAAAAUGCGGAAGACAGAAAAUGGAAUGUAUGCUUGUGAUUUGUGUGAUAAAAUAUUCCAAAAGAGUAGCUCUCUAUUGAGACAUAAAUAUGAACACACAGGUAAAAGACCCCACGAAUGUGGAAUCUGUAAAAAGGCAUUUAAACACAAACAUCAUUUGAUUGAACACAUGCGAUUACAUUCUGGAGAAAAGCCCUAUCAAUGUGACAAAUGUGGAAAGCGUUUCUCACACUCUGGGUCUUAUUCUCAGCACAUGAAUCAUCGCUACUCUUACUGCAAGAGAGAAGCAGAGGAACGUGACAGCAUGGAGCAGGAAGAAGCAGGACCCGAGGUCCUAAUGAGUGAGCAUGUUGGCGCGAGGGCAUCUCCCUCACAGGUCGACUCAGAUGAGAGAGAGAGUUUGACAAGAGAAGAGGAUGAAGACAGUGAAAAAGAGGAAGAGGAGGAGGAGGAUAAAGAGAUGGAAGAACUUCAGGAAGAAAAAGAAUGUGAAAAAACACAAGUGGAUGAGGAGGAGGAGGAGGAGGAGGAGGAGGAAGUAGAGAUGGAGGAGGAGGAAGGAGAAGAGGCAGAGAAUGAGGGAGAAGGAACAAAAACUGAAGGUGCCAUGAAGGAUGAUGGAGCUGUAAAUCAAGUGAGCAGUUUAGAACAGAAAGUAAGUGAGGAUAGUGAGCAAGUGUCUGAAGAAAAAACAAAUGAAGCCUAAUAGUUUUUUUAGAAGGAAAAUAAAUUCUAAUUGGUAAUGAAGUUUGUUCUAUAUUAUACAUGCUUUUCAUGGAAACACAGUAACCUGUAUACUGUGAUUUCUUUCACUACUGUGUAAAGUAAAAAUUUAAAAAAAUACAAAAUACAAAAAAAUAUUUAAAAAAAACACAAAAAAAUCCAGGUGUGCCUGAACCUCAGACCUAGUAAUUUUUUGUGCAUUUUUCAAAGUUAGGGACAAGUUUGUAACAUGAAGCAGAUUAGAAAAGUUUAAUGACUCAGAAAGCAAAGAUUUAAAAUGUUAAAGAAAACUGAUUAAACAUCUGGCAUUGUUUCAUUUUAUCAGUAUUAAUUAUCACUCUUAUGUUGGUUUAUUCUUAAGCUGUACAAUU